GAGAGAGAGAGAGAGAGAGAGAGAGAGAGAGAGAGCAGCUCUUUGUUUUAUAAACAGACUGAGCUCUGCAGUAGCCAUGGCAACCAUCUGGAUGGGAUUGCUGGGAGUUUUGCUCUGCAACCUUGUUGUCAACUCUGAGGUCACAACACAGGCCGACUUCGACAUCAAUGGGGUGACUGGGAAAUGGUACCUGAUUGGUUUUGCUUCAAACUCAGAGUGGUUUAUCAUCCGUAAAGCCAAUAUGAAGAUGGGCGUCGCCACGUUCACCCCAAAUGAUGAUGGAGACCUCGAGAUGGCCUACUCCAGUCUAAAUCCUGAUGGUACGUGUUGGAGAAUGAAUCAUCUGGCUCUGAAGACGGACGUUCCCGGAAAAUUCACCUUCCUCAGUGAAAACCAGGAAACUGAAAAUGACAUGCGUGUCGUGGAUGUAAAGUAUGACGAAUAUGUUUUGAUCCACACCAUCAAGACCCAAAAUGACUCCAUAACUCUUCUCAACAAACUCUACGGCCGUACACCAGACCUGGGCCAAGACGUUUUAGACAGAUUCACUGAGUUCUCUUUGGAUCAAGGCAUUCUGCUGGAAAACAUCGCCGUCCUGCCUAAAAACGAUGAGUGUCCUUGAGCUGUAAAUGUGAAGAUCCUAUCUGAUGCUUUACCCAUCUGAAGACUUCUGAAACAUCUCUUUUAAACUCCAAGUACUUUUACACCUCUAAAAUCUCCUCAUCUUUUCUUUAGUUUGUGUUAAUAAAAUCUUUUGCAAAACUAA